AUGGCCAAGAACUUCAACGCUCUCCCCGGAAACAUCCCGGGAGCCCCAUCCCCAUUUACCUUGCACAUCCCCGAGGAAGCCCUAGCAGAAUUCCAACACCUCCUCCGCCUCUCCCCCAUCGGCCCCGCAACAUGGUGGAACCAAGAUACAACGGGCAAAUUCGGCGUCUCGCGCGAGUGGCUCACGACGGCAAAAGAGACCUGGCUCUCGCCGAAAUUCAACUGGCGCACGCACGAAAACUACAUCAACAGCUUCCCGAACUUCAAGAUCCCAAUCACGGACUCCGAAACUGGAGUCGUCGAUAUCCACUUCGCAGCGUUUUUCUCGAAAAAGGUCGAUGCCAUCCCGAUUGUAUUCCUGCAUGGGUACCCGGGGUCCUUUAUGGAGUUCUUGCCCAUGCUGGAGAUUCUUGCUGAAAAGUAUACGCCCGAGACACUGCCGUAUCAUGUCAUUGUUCCGUCUCUACCUGAUUAUGGUCUGUCGGGCGGGGCGAGCAAAAACGUCGAGAUGACGCUUGACCGCGCGGCGCGCAUACUGAACCAGCUCAUGCUGGAUCUGGGGUUUGGGAGUGGGUAUGUUGCCCAGGGAGGAGAUCUGGGCAGUAUGUUGGCGAGGAUCAUGGCUGUUCAAUACGAGGCAUGUAAAGCCUUUCAUGUCAACAUGCUCGUGCUCAACCCGGACCAGAAGGCUGGAUCCAUCGACGACUUAACCGAGAGGGAAAAAGAGCACAUGGACCGGUCGGACAGAUGGCGGGAGACGGGCUUCGCAUACGCCCUCGAGCAUGGUACUCGACCGUCCACGAUCGGUCUCGUUAUCUCAUCGAGUCCGCUUGCCCUGUUAGCCUGGAUCGGCGAAAAACACCUCGAAUGGAGCGACCCCCGCUACCCAAUCCCCCUCGACACAAUCCUCGCCAUGACAGCCCUAUACUGGUUCACGUCGACGUUCCCGCGAGCCCUGUACCACGCUGAACUUGUGAAAAAUGUCCUCGCGGGAAAACCGCAUCCGAUUUCAAACGAGAAACCAAUGGGAUACUCGCUGUUCCCGUAUGACCUUGUCCUGCUUCCGAAAGCGUGGGCGAGAGAGAUCUAUCCGAACUUGGUGCUUUAUGAAACGCAUGAUAAGGGAGGGCAUUUCGGGGGCUUGGAACAGCCAAAGGCGUUCCUGGAGGACGUUGAGGAGUUUGUCCAGAAGGUGAAAGAUAUUUUCGAGUAG